UUUCUCCAUUCAAAAAAAAAAAAACCCAAAUUAUUCAAAUCAGAAAUUUCUCCAAUUUUUUUUGAUUGCUAGAAAUCUUAAUGAAGAAGAAGAAUUGUGAGUUGUGUGUUAAGAACAAAGCAAAAAUGUAUUGUGAAUCAGAUCAAGCUAGUCUUUGUUGGGAUUGUGAUUGGAAGGUUCACUCAGCAAAUUUUCUCGUUGCGAAACACUCGAGAAAUCUCCUUUGUCAUUCAUGUCAAAAUCAAACUCCAUGGUCCGCUUCUGGUCCAAAGCUUUCUCCUACUCUCACUCUCUGCAAUUCCUGCCUCAAAAAUCCCACCGCGGCUGUUCAAUUGCCGGAUCCAAUUGAAGAAAUUGAAGAAGAAAAUUACCAAAUGGAAACGGAUAAUGAGGAAGAUGACAGUAGUGAAAAUGAGAGUAGUGAAAAUGAGAUCGAUGAGGAUAAUGAGUAUGGUGAUGGGAAUCAAGUUGUUCCUUUGUCGUCGUCUUCUCCGUCGAGUACUUUCUCUCCGCCGUCGCCGGUGCGUUCGGUGAGUUCUUCCGGUAGUUAUGGAGAUUUAUCAGUUGCCGGAGAAGAAGAAGGCGACGUCGCGGUGGCUGUUAAUUCAUCUCCGUGGAAGCGAGUCAGGCAAAGUGAUUGCCUAUCUUCUGAGGAUGAAGAGAACAAGGGAAAAUCAUCUUCCAAUAGAGUUGUUGAGACCAAUGAAGGUGCUACGAACAAAUGAGUUUUGCAAAUAGUUAGUUUUUAUUUUGCAAACUCUUGUUUCUCUGUAAUUUGAUCAUUUGACUACAAGAAAUAUACACAAAUACAAGUUUACUCUUUGUAAAUUUGCUUAGAAGAAAUACUAAACCAAGGUUCAUUCUUCUUUUGGAACUUCAUAUUGUGUUUAGUGUUGUUCUUAGGACUUAUAUUCUUUUUAUCUUAUUUAACCAUUUGGUUAUGUCGCGUGAGGCGGAAGCACUCUUUAUUUAUC